AUGUCCAAUAAUCGACUUGAAUCAAAUAACACAAUAGAAAAUAUUCAGGUUAUUCUUAUGCAAAUAUCGAUACCAUAUAUUAUUAUUGUUUCUUUGAUUGGCAUUGCUGGAAAUGUUAUUACAAUAGUUAUGUUAUCUAAACGAUCUCUUACAAAAAAUUUUAACAAUUGUACAUUAAUCGCACUUGCAACUACUGAUCUAUUAUUUAAUUUAGCACUUGUUUCUCGUUGUUUAAAUGAUUUAAUCGAAUUAGAUUCCGAUUUAUUUUGUCGUUUAUUAUCAUUUUUUUCUCAUUUAGCUGAAUUAUUAUCAGCUUGUUUUACAGUUCAUUUUACAAUUCAACGUUUUAUUGCUGUUAAAUUUCCUUUAAGUGCAUUUAUUGAAAGAAGAAUUCAAUUUUUACAUUAUAUUAUUUUAACAUUAUUUAUUUUACUUGGUAUUUCUUAUUGUUUAAUGCUUAUUAAAAAUAAUCAUUAUGAAAAUUGUCAAGAAGAAUUAAAUUUAAAUUGGUUUAUAUCCGAUGCAUUAUCAUCAUUUGUUAUACCAUUUACAAUAAUUGCUGUAUUAAAUUUAUUAAUUAUAUUUCAUUUAAGAAAAACUUCUCGAAAUAAUAAACAAUUAUCAUAUAAAAAACGAUCAAAUAGAAAUAUUUUAACAUUAAAUUCAGUAAGAAAAAGUACAGGUUCAUUCGAUUCAAUUUCACAAACAAAAUUAUCUGAAAUUACAACAGUACUAAAUACUAAGAAUUCAAAACAUCGAUUAUCAGUCAAUGAAGAAAUUAAAGAUCAUUUUCUAACUGUUGCUGGUACACCUCAUCGUACAGCUUCAAUACGUUCAACAACACGUUCUCAGGCUCAAUCACAUCAUGUAACACGUAUGCUUAUUUUAGUUUCAACUUGUUUUCUAUUACUUAAUGCUCCUUCACACAUCUGUUCAAUUACUUUAAAAAUUUAUACAAUAAAAAAAUCUCAAUUAAUUAAUAAUUCUGUUCGAAAUUAUCUAAAUCAAAUAAAUAAUUCUAAUGUAACUAUUUCAACAAUAAUGGAAAAUCCAAAUUUUGCUUAUACAAUAGCAACAAUUAGUACAGAAAAUCAAUCAAUAAUUAAUUUAAAUUUUUUUCAUAUAUUUUAUAUUAUCGUUAUUAUAGCACAACAUAUAUCAUAUUUAUCAUAUUCAAUAAAUUUUUUUCUUUAUUCAUUUUGUGGAAAGAAAUUUCGUCAUGAACUUCUAAGAUAUUUAUUACGUUUUAGAAAAUAUCAACGAUAA